AUGACUCUCGAGCGCCGGGUAGACACCAUGGCUGACCGUCUCCUUUCCAUAACCAAUCCUUGGCUCGGCAGCGGACUUGAACUGAUUUCCAGACACCAGCCACUCGAGCCCCUCCUCAUUAUUAUGGUAGAUCUGGCUCUUGCUCACCGGCAUCAGCCUGACUUGGUGCUAUCCUCCAAAUGGAUCGACAUCUUCACCAUCACCGCGGUCGGACUCCUGACCAUCAAGCAGCUCUGGGACCUGUGCGAAUCUAUCUCGCUGUCAUCUCAGGCCUCGGCAACGGCGACACCUUCAUGA